AAUUUCGCUGUCUUUCAUUGCAGACCAUCAAGCCUUCACCGAGACGCGAUAACAGCAUCUUUUGCUGUUAUUCAGCUCUCGCAUCUCAAUGACACUAUCCAGUGUUAACUCUGGCUUUUUUUCAUAAGAGAUUAUUUUCAUAGACUUUGCCUUGUGAUUUUGUUUUGUCUACAGAACUUUGUACAUUUUAUUUUCUUGCCACCAUGGUGCUAGGAAAGGUGAAGAGCUUCAUUGUAAGCUACGACUGUCUAAAUGACAGCAAUGUCCCUGUUUUCUCCAGCGGGGACUCCGUCUCAGGAAGAGUUAUUAUUGAAGUCACCGGGGAGAUUCGUGUCAAGUCACUUAAAAUACACGCAAAAGGAUUCGCAAAAGUUCGUUGGACAGAAUCACGAAAUGCUGGAUCCAACACUGCCUACACUCAAAAUUAUACAGAAGAAGUGGAAUAUCUGAAUCAUAGAGACAUCCUUAUUGGCCAUGAAAGAGAGGAUGAUAACUGUGAGGAGGGACUCACCACUAUUCAUUCAGGAAGACAUGAGUAUGCAUUCAGCUUUGAGCUUCCACAAACACCUCUGGCUACCUCGUUCGAAGGAAAGCAUGGCAGUGUGCGCUAUUGGGUGAAGGCUGAGCUGCACAGGCCAUGGCUUCUGCCCAUGAAGACCAAGAAAGAGUUCACUGUCUUUGAACACAUUGACAUCAACACUCCUCUUCUGCUGUCUCCCCAGGCAGGAACUAAAGAAAAGACGCUAUGCUGCUGGUUUUGCACCUCAGGUCCAAUCUCUUUAAGUGCCAAAAUUGAACGGAAGGGUUAUACUCCAGGGGAGUCCAUUCAAAUCUUUGCUGAAAUUGAAAACUGCUCCUCGCGUAUGGUUGUGCCAAAGGCCGCCAUUUACCAAACACAGACCUUCUUUGCCAAAGGGAAGAUGAAGGAGAUCAAGCAGUUGGUGGCCAACAUCCGAGGGGAGUCGCUUUCUUCUGGCAAGACGGAGACAUGGAAUGGAAAGAUGCUGAAGAUCCCCCCUGUAUCUCCCUCCAUCCUUGACUGCAGUAUCAUUAGAGUGGAAUACUCACUCAUGGUGUAUGUAGACAUCCCAGGAGCCAUGAACCUGUCUUUAAACCUGCCCCUGGUGAUUGGCACCAUCCCUCUCCACCCCUUCGGUAGCCGUACAUCUUCUGUGAGCAGCCAAUGCAGCAUGACCAUGAGCUGGUUAGGCUUGCCCCUCCCUGAGAGGCCUGAAGCUCCUCCAGCCUAUGCAGAGGUGGUCACAGAAGAACAGAGGCAGAGCUGUCUGGAAGUGUCGUCAGGGCGGGAGAACUUUGAUGGCCCGCUAUUCGCUUAUAUCCAGGAGUUCCGCUUCCGACCCCCUCCACCUUACUCCGAGAUUGAUCCACAUCCAGAUCAAGCCACAUCAACUGCAGAGCACAGACUCGACACCUGCCCGUCACGCUGAGAAAUGCAUGGCAUGAGUCCAAAGCGAUUGGGCUUUAGGAGCUUUCACUUUUGUUUAUCUCCAGAUGACAGUGAUGGGUCGCUUUGCUGUCACCACCGAGAGAAAACAACCCUCUAUGGGAAAAGUAAGGGCGCAGAGUCACUGGCAAAUUACCCGACCCAGAUAUUCGGCCCCCGUGAUGGGACACGCCCCGUCGGACUUAGCCUGCAGAGCUUUGUCAAAGUAGUCACUUUUCUCAUGCUUUUCGGUAAAGGUUGACAAAGAACACGCAGACCUUGUCCGAGAUCUGAAGAGAAAUGCAAGAAAACACUAGGACCGCAGAGAGAAACGCGAUUUUUGAUUUAGAUUUUUUUGCACAAGUUCGUUUUUCUCGACUGCGUUUUAAAAUCAGUGAUUGUUUUAUUUCAGUUUUUAGCCUUUUAGACUAAGCGAUUGCAGGCUAUUGCAUGAGCCGCAAACAACGCAGAGAAGAUUCCGAGGAAUACCAGACUGAACGGACUGACUUAAUGCACUGAUCUUUUUCAAGUUCUUUCGAGGUCUGUAGUGUUCAUUGAUUGUGUUUCCUCAGUCGAUAAAUGCUGUCUUGACGCUCUUGCGAUGUUGCCUCGCCAACUCGCUUUUGUUUUAUUUUCUCCUGUGCACAUGGACUUUUAUUUUCAGUUCUAAAUGUAGAAUGCCUUUAAGCCAAACAUGGUUUGCUUGCUGUUAAAUUUGUUGCACAUGUUGUUUGAUCAAGGAGCAACAGUCCAGCUCUUGCCGCUCAUGUGCGUGAUGGGAGCAGAGAGAUAAAACAGGGUGGGGUCCGGGCAGGCAGCCUGAAGAGUUUGUUGCCUUUCUGUUUGUAGUGUGUAGCAGUGCAGGCUUCAGGAUUGCACUGCUUGAAAAAAGCACUCAGUCUCAGGUGAUCUUCUCACUUGCCAAAUGAUGAAAACAAAAAUGGUGUAGAUUAUGUUUUGAUUGCACUGUUUCAGUUUAAGGUAGGAGACUAUAGAAGGAAUUUCAGAUUCAGUUUUGAAAAACAGAUUCAGUAAAGAGAGGAGUUAUGCACAAAGAUGCAAGGCAGCUUUUAAAGACUUAUGACAUUCCCUUUUUGUCCUGCUGCACCAGCAGCCACAAUGUUUCUUCAGAUCGGUGAAGCCAGAUGUGACCCAAAGGAUGGCACAAAUGCUUGGAAAGCCAAGCUGGGAAGCAAAACAAGGACUCCGGAUCCUAUCCGCAGACAUCCGAAUCCAAUUGAAAUGAGUUGUACAUUUGUUUUUAAAACUCAUUUAACUACAGAAGUAGUUUAGGCUGGGCCUUCAUUAAGCAGUUUUUUUUACUGAAUUAAACUGCUCAUGUCUGGUUGAGGUCUGGAGAAACAAUUUAAACAAUUACCAAUGUAGAUAGUUAAAGUAGUGUUUGAAUUUGUAGAAUUACUCAUGUCUGCAUGCACAGCGUGUUUGUUAUAUGUUCAUCUGUAAUGUUGGGGGGCUUAUGAUUCUGACUGAUCUUAACAUGCUUUAUCAUUUAUUCUAUCCUCAAUAAUCAUCAUCCUGUUUUUUUUUUUUUUUUCAGUCCUAGAGAUUACUGUUUAAUUUAAAAGGACAAAAAGGGAAAACCAAAAAGUCCUUCAAAGCGUGCGUUGAUCAUGCCACUUUUGAGUUGAAUGGGAUUUGGAUUUGUUUUUUCAGUUGUGAGUUCUGAUGAUUACUGUUGGGCAUUCAGGACAUUUGUUUUCUAGACAAACGACCAUUAUACAGAUCCUCUUGUCUCGAUUAUUAUGGGAACAAUAGCUGUAGCACACCUCAGAGAAAUGGAUGACCCAUUUCAGAAGUGAAGAGAUGAUUAUAAGAAGAAGAGAAUAAUCUGCUUCUCUGUUGUGUUUUAUAGUUUAAAAUUGAACCAAAAUUGGCCACUAAUGAAAGAAUAAGCUUAAACGCAAAGAGAAAAGUGCUUCUUUUUGUGGUUGGUCAAUACUAUAGUCUAACGCUUGGCCUUCCGUGUAGUCCAGUGUUAAAGCUAAACUCUUGACUUUGUCAAAAAAACACCUUUAGUGGAAAUAUUGUAUGUUUUAGAAAUUAAGUGCAAUAUUUUUUUCAUUUUAUGUCUCAUUUUUGUCUUAUUUCAUUGUGUUUUCAUUUCAGAGAUUGUUAUGAACAUUAGAUAAUGAAUCAUGUUCAUAAUGGUUUUAACGUUUGUCUUAGUUCUUCCUUGGAAAUAAAUAAAUGUCUAAAAACCAUCA